UAGAAACGCCACGAUGAAUGCAGACGGAUGUGUCCCAUUUGUUGCUCACAAUUUGGAGCGGUAGAGAUUCUAGACCUAGGUAUCUCGUGAUGAAAUCUACAGUUCGGGUCAGAUUGAUCGUCGAGGCAUGAACAGCAAUAUCGCUACUCUUAUAAUCACCACCAGAACCCGGCCAAGGCUUCCACAAUAACACGUGCGUAAAAGCCGUCGAGGGAUCCCACCGUGCAGGACAGAUCAAACAAGCAAACCUGUGCCUGCUCCUCAUCGCUGUUUUGCUUCGAGUUGGUAAUACUCAUGCGAGGGCUCUGGGAGCCUGCUCUGGUUUCAACAACAGCUAGCAACUGCGCACCAUUCCUUGACAACUGAAAACUCGACGAAAUCCUCAUCAUGACACCCGACGACGAGAAUGCCCCUAUCCUCUGGGGCUCUCCCCAGCAGACCGGUGCCGCCUUCGACUUCAGAAGCGACGUAAUCACAACCCCCUCCCUCACAAUGCUCGCCGCAAUAACCCACACAACCCUCUCCGACGACGUCUACUCCGAAGACCCCACAACCUCCCGCUUCGAAACCUCCCUCGCAGCAACCUGCGGCCACGCCGCCGCCGCCUUCGUCCUCACCGGCACAAUGGCAAACCAACUCGCCCUCCGCACCCUCCUCACGCAACCCCCGCACGCCGUCCUCGCCGACGCCUCCGCGCACAUACUCCACUGGGAAGCCGGCGGCGUGGCCCACCUCUCGGGCGCCAUGGUCCAGGGGAUCCGGCCGCGCAACGGACUCUAUCUCACACUCCAAGAUAUCGAGAAACAUGCCGUUCUGACGGAUGACGUACAUAAAUGCCCCACGCGGGUGGUGAGUAUCGAGAAUACGUGCUCGGGUGUCGUUGUUCCGCUGGUGGAGAUGAGGAGGAUCAGGGAGUGGACUUCCGCGAGGGGGAUUGCGGUACACAUGGACGGCGCGAGGCUAUGGGAAGCUGUCUCGGCUGGCGCGGGCAGCUUGGAGGACUUUGGACGGUGUUGUGAUGUGCUCACGCUAGAUUUCAGCAAGAACCUCGCCGCGCCGAUGGGCGCCAUGGUCCUUGGUUCCGCGGAGCUGAUCAAGCGUCUGCGAAGGAUGCGGAAGAGUAUCGGCGGCGGGAUGAGACAGGCCGGCGUCCUCGCCGCCGCGGCGCGGCAGGCUGUUCUCGAGAACUUUGGUCCCGGGACGAGGGAUGUGAGGGGCGUGUUGGGGAGGAGUCGUGUGAUGGCGGCCGAGGUCGGGGGGAUGUGGGUUUCCAGGGGCGGGGUGCUGUUGAAGCCUGUUGAGACGAAUAUGGUCUGGUUGGAUCUCCGGGGUUGCGGGGUGGGUGUCAAGCAGUGGAAUGAGGCUGGGAGGCGGAGGGGAAUCAGGUUGGAUGGGAAGAGGGUUGUGUUGCAUCAUCAGGUUGGGGAGGUUGCGAUGAGGUUGUUGGGGGAUGUGAUGGAUGAGGUUCUUGGGAGGGUUCGUGGGGUGUCUGCUGGAGUUGAUGGGUUGCCCAAGGCGAGGUUGUAGA